AUGAAUCCGGCAUCGUCGGACGGUGGUGGGUUGGAUGAUGGGAAUUUGCGUAAGCGAACAACUCUGGCAGGGGAUAAAAGCACGGAAGAUUCAAGAAUACGUCGUUUGAAUCCGAGUGCAGAGAUACGGGCUACUUCAGAUGAAAGUGAUGCAGCAGAUGCUGUCAUUGCAGGAGAGAGGAUCUCUCAUUUAACGAAGAAUCUUCCUCAGAGUUCUGAUGCUCUUGGUUCAUAUGUAGAUCCGUUCUUGAAAGUUCUCCCCGCUAAAUGGAGGAAUUGGGUAGUACGAUUGGUUUUUUCAGUUGUUAUGGUUUCUUUGUUUUACAUCAUCGUUAAGCGUGGUCCAACUUGGCUAAUGGCUCUGGUAUUUGCCAUCCAGUUUAAAUGCUUUCAUGAGAUUAUAACAAUUGGUUUGGCAGUUUACCGAUUAUACGAUCUUCCUUGGUUUCGAGCACUAUCUUGGUAUUUUCUUUUAACCUCAAACUACUUUUUCUUUGGCGAGAGUUUGAUUGAUUACUGGGGCAUCUUACUGAGGAAAGAUUUCGCUUGGUCUCAUGUUACUCUUUUGCUGAUCGUCUCGCAGUCGUUCCUCAUCAUACAGAACAUAUUUCAAGGGAUUAUAUGGUUCUUGGUUCCAGUAUCUAUGAUUAUUUGCUGUGACAUAAUGUCAUAUGUCUUCGGUUUCUUUUUUGGACGAACUCCUUUGAUCAAACUUUCUCCAAAAAAGACUUGGGAAGGCUUUAUUGGUGGUGGCAUAAGCACAGUUGUAUUUGGUGUUAUCCUUUCAUAUAUGCUCCUUCACAAUCCGUUUUUCGUUUGUCCUGUUGAAGACUUUUAUGAGUCGAAUUACAACUGCACCAUUCCAUCAUCUUUUCAGUUAAGAGACUUUGAAGUCGGCCGCCCAGUUUCAUAUUUGUUGCAACAUACAGUUAAAUCGAAUGUGGUUCACGUUUAUCCGUUUUUGCUUCAUGCUGUUAUAAUGGCUCUUUUUGCAUCGAUAUUGGGCCCGUUUGGUGGAUUUUUCGCAAGCGGAUUUAAGAGAGCUUUCAAAAUUAAGGACUUCGGUGAUGUGAUUCCUGGACACGGUGGUCUUAUGGAUCGCUUUGACUGUCAGCUUUUGAUGGGAACGUUUGUGAACGUUUACAUUCACACCUUUAUUAAGACCGCUAAUGCUGCGAAGAUUUUGCAACAGAUAUCUUGGUUACCAGUCGAAGAUCAACUUUCAGUUUAUCACUCACUUCAGGAACGUUUGAAUGCAGAAGGUCUUUUGCCAGUAUUGUCCUAA